CAAGGAGUAACUGUAAAAGAUUUCUUUCAUUUCGUCCAUGAUCUACGGGAGGGGAUCAUUCUACGAAGAGCAGGCAUGAGUCUGAGUGCGAGGAGAGUCACUCUGCCUGCAAUAACGCCAAUAGUGCUACAGAAAAGGGUAAUUAAAGUAUACAGUGAAGAUGAAACCAGCAGGGCUGUAGAGGUCCCCAGUGACAUAACUGCCCGAGAUGUUUGCCAGCUGUUGAUCCUGAAGAAUCAUUACAUUGAUGACCACAGCUGGACCCUUUUUGAGCAUCUGCCUCACAUAGGUCUAGAAAGGACAAUAGAAGACCAUGAGCUGGUGAUUGAAGUGCUAUCUAACUGGGGAAUGGAAGAAGAAAAUAAACUAUACUUUAGAAAAAAUUAUGCCAAAUAUGAAUUCUUUAAAAACCCAAUGUAUUUUUUUCCAGAGCAUAUGGUGUCUUUUGCAACUGAAACCAAUGGUGAAAUAUCCCCCACACAGAUUUUGCAGAUGUUUCUGAGUUCAAGCACAUAUCCUGAAAUCCAUGGCUUCUUACAUGCAAAAGAACAGGGAAAGAAGUCUUGGAAAAAGAUUUACUUCCUUCUAAGAAGAUCUGGUUUAUAUUUUUCUACUAAAGGGACAUCAAAGGAACCACGGCACUUGCAGUUUUUCAGCGAAUUUGGCAAUAGUGAUAUUUAUGUGUCACUGGCAGGCAAAAAAAAACACGGAGCGCCGACUAACUAUGGAUUCUGCUUUAAGCCUAACAAAGCGGGAGGGCCCCGAGACCUGAAAAUGCUCUGUGCAGAAGAAGAGCAGAAUAGGACGUGCUGGGUGACCGCGAUUAGAUUGCUUAAGUAUGGCAUGCAGCUGUACCAGAAUUACAUGCAUCCAUAUCAAGGUAGAAGUGGCUGCAGUUCUCAGAGUAUAUCACCCAUGAGAAGUAUAUCAGAGAAUUCUCUAGUAGCAAUGGACUUCUCAGGCCAGAAAAGCAGAGUUAUAGAAAAUCCCACGGAAGCCCUUUCAGUCGCUGUUGAAGAAGGACUCGCUUGGAGGAAAAAAGGAUGUUUACGCCUGGCCACCCAUGGUAGCCCUACUGCCUCUUCCCAGAGCUCGGCCACAAACAUGGCCAUCCACCGGUCGCAGCCAUGGUUUCACCACAAAAUUUCUAGGGAUGAAGCACAGCGAUUGAUUAUUCAGCAAGGACUUGUGGAUGGAGUUUUCUUGGUACGGGAUAGUCAGAGUAACCCCAAAACUUUCGUACUGUCAAUGAGUCAUGGACAAAAAAUAAAGCAUUUUCAAAUUAUACCAGUGGAAGACGAUGGUGAAUUGUUCCACACUCUGGAUGACGGCCACACAAGAUUCACAGAUCUAAUCCAGCUGGUGGAGUUCUAUCAACUCAAUAAGGGUGUUCUUCCUUGCAAGUUGAAACAUUAUUGUGCUAGGAUUGCUCUUUAGCCAAACCAGAAGUGACUUGUGACUUGUUAAACUGUUGAAGAAAAGGGACUCAAGAUAAAAAGAAAGAAAAAAGAAAGAAAGAAAGAAAAAGGAGAAAAGAAAAGUGAAGAAAAGAAAAGAAAGACUGUAAACAAAGGAGAAAACAUUGCCAUGGUGAAAAGAAUAUUUCACCUACAAGUAACAAAAAAAUAGCUUGAGCAUUGCAGAUCAGCAAAGAUUUGGAUUGACAUUACAUUCAUCAUCUAAAAUUCAUUAGUUAAAAUUAAACCUCAGAAAAAAUGA